AUGCGUAUCGCCCACCGUCUCCUUAUGGCCACGCCGGCCUCGAUCGGCUCCAAAUCCAGUCUCAGCGAAGCGCUCGCUCUCCUGCCGCCGCUCCAGCUUUACCGUCGCAUCUUGCGCGUCCACCGCAGGCUGGACCCGGAGAUGCGCGUGCUCGGCGACUCAUACGUGAAGAAGGAAUUCCGGGCGCAUAAAACAGCGGAGAACCCAUUGCACAUUAUUGGAUUCUUGACUGAGUGGCAGCUCUACGCGCAGAAGAUGGAGGGCGAUAAUUGGGCUGGGGAGAAGCUGGACAAGUCCAAGCUGGACAAAAUGAGUGAUCAACAAAUUGGUCAGCUUUUUGAGCUUUUCCAGGCUAUUCGCAACGAAGGUGAACAGGGUGAGGGCGAGGGUGAGAGCCAGAAAUAA